CGUUUCCCUUUUUAAAUGAUGGUUCCUCCAAUUAUCCUUUGAAUUUACACAUUAGAUAAACUCGCAAUGUGCAAUUAAAUUAAAAUUAUUUAUGUUUCUUUCCCUCCAAAAUUCGUUUGUUGUGAACCUCAAAUUCCAAUCCUCGUAACGGGUCUCAUGAUAUCGUCUCAUGAACAUUGCUAUCAGAUCCAAAUCACUCUUUCGCUUCUCAACAACCUCAUUCCCAUCAAUUUCACUCCAAAAUCCCAAAUGGGUUUCCACUGCAACACCCAAAUCUCCUCCACAACACCCUGAGAACCACCUCCGACCCUUCUUCAAUGGCCAAAAGACCCAGAAACCCCGCGAUUACGAGCUCGCAAUCGUAUCGACUCUCAAAUCUUGCUCAACCCUUUUAGCCAUCUCUCAAGGCCAGCAAGUUCAUGCUCUUGUCUUGAAAUCUGGCCUAAACUCCAAUAUGUUCAUUCAAAACAGCUUGAUCAAUAUGUAUGCGAAAUUCGGGUUCUUGACUGAUGCUCAGUACAUGUUUGAUUCUUGUCCUGUGUUGGAUUCUGUGUCUUGUAAUAUUAUGAUUGUUGGGUAUGUGAAAUUUGGCCGCCUCGAUGAUGCCCGUAAACUGUUUGAUGUAAUGCCUUGCAAAGGGUGUGUUUCAUAUACGAGUAUGAUCAUUGGUUUGGCCCAAAAUGAUUGUUGGAGUGAAGCAAUUGGGGUUUUUAGGGAUUUGAUGUUUGAGGUUGUGAUGCCGAAUGAGGUGACGAUGUCGAGUGUAAUCUCUGCGUAUUCGCAUUUGGGUGGGAUUUGGGACUGUCGAAUGCUUCAUGGAUUGGUGAAGAAACUUGGGCUUGAAGUGUUUGUUCUUGUUUCGACUAACUUGGUGCACAUGUAUUGUGUUUGUUCGAGUUUGUGGGAUGCGAGGGCGUUGUUUGAUGAAAUGGCUGAACCAAAUGUAGUUUCAUGGAAUGUAAUGAUGAAUGGAUAUUCUAAGGCGGGAUUUGUUGAUUUGGCGCGAGAUUUGUUUGAUAGGAUUUCCACAAGAGAUGUGGUUUGUUGGGGUACUAUAAUUGACGGGUAUGUUAGAGCAGGAAGGUUGGAUGAAGCUUUUACUUUGUAUCGUGCUAUGCUACGUACUGGUUUGGGUCCGAAUGAUGUUAUGAUUGUGGAUUUGAUAUCGGCUUGUGGAAAGUUGAUGGCAUUUGGUGAGGGUCAACAAUUUCAUGGGAUAACUAUAAAAACGGGCUUUGAUUGCUACGACUUUAUGCAGGCGACGAUCAUCCAUUUUUAUGCAGCUUGCCACAGAGUGGAAUUCGCUUGGUUGCAAUUUGAAUUAAGCAGCAAGGACCAUGUCCCAUCUUGGAAUGCACUCAUUGCAGGCCUUGUAAGAAACAGAAUGAUUGAUCUGGCGAGACAAUUAUUCAAUGACAUGCCUGAAAGAGAUGUUGUUUCGUGGAGCUCCAUGAUUUCCGGUUACUCACAGAGCAAGCAGCCUAAUCUUGCUUUAGAACUCUUUCAUGAAAUGGUAGCUUGCAAUGUCAAGCCAAAUGAAAUCACAAUGGUGUGUGUCCUCUCUGCAAUUGCUACUCUGGGCAUAUUGAAAGAGGGAAGAUGGGCACAUGAAUACAUACGGAAUAACUCAAUCCCUCUCAAUGACAAUCUAAAUGCAGCAAUCAUAGACAUGUAUGCCAAAUGUGGGAGCAUUAAGACCGCCCUAGAAGUGUUCCAUCAAAUCCGAGACAAAUCCUUUUCUGUCUCACCAUGGAACGCGAUUAUUGGUGGAUUGGCAAUGCACGGACACGCAGAGUUGUCUCUUAAAAUCUUUUCUGACUUGCAAAACCGAAACAUCAAACUCAACGCGAUCACAUUCACAGGGGUCUUGUGUGCUUGUUGCCAUGCUGGUCUUGUGGAAGCAGGGAAGCAACAUUUUCAGAGCAUGAAGAGAUUGUAUGAUGUAGAACCAACCAUCAAGCAUUAUGGUUGUAUGGUCGAUCUUUUAGGCAGAGCCGGCAGAUUAGAAGAAGCUGAAGAAUUAAUUAGGAGUAUGCCCAUGAAAGCUGAUGUCGUGAUAUGGGGGACAUUGUUGGCAGCAUGUCGAACACAUGGCAAUGCGGAAAUAGGGGUACGGGCAGCAGAGAGUUUGGCAAGGGUGGAACCAUCGCACGGUGGAGGGAGAGUUCUACUGUCCAAUAUUUAUGCAGAUGCUGGGAGGUGGGAAGAUGCAUUUUUAGUGAGACAAGCUAUGAAAAGCCAGAGAAUGACGCGGUCACUAGGGUACAGUGGUGUCGUAUGAUUCUUAAAAACAGGUCCAAUAUCACCAUAGCAGUUGUGUUUUGUAUCACACUUCAAAGUUUGCGCAAUGCCAAAAUUGACAUUUUUUUGAAGAAAACACAAGACUUCUGCAAUAUGUUAGUUCUAUUUCACUGUGCAGAGUCCAUAAUUCUCAUGCAAAUACUAAACUAUGGGUGCAAAGUCUUGAACAUUGUUGAUUACUAUUAGGAGGAUAUGUUUUGAUGAUAGAAAUCUUGAUUUUUUAUAAUGCAUAUGAACUUAUCGAAUAGCUUAAUUCAUUUUACAACCUUAUCUAUGCCCGAUUUGCGACUAGACCCCACAUUACAUCAACUGAGGAGCCCAUUUGUACAGAGCUUUUGAUUCCCUAAAGUGAGAAAUUUUCCUAUAUGAAAUCUAAUGUACAACUACAUCCUAAAUUACAAUCACCAACCUACAAAAAAUUUUGGCAAGAAAAACUAAAAGAAUAAUGAAUAUGAACUAUAUUUCACUUUCGAUGAUCAGUUCAGCAGCUGCAGGCAUUGUACCAACGCACCAACCCCGAGCAAAGAGAGUGCAAGCUCCUCCUCAUUCCAUUGCCUAAGCCCUUUGCUCAGUCUCUUUAACACCUCCACAUCAACUUCCAACACCCAAUUAGGUGUGCAAGCAACCAUCAGGCUCAGAAACCCGGACACAUAAGCACGCCAAGCGGCCCAAUUACAACCAAGUGAGAUCUUCCCAUCAAGGGCACUUGCUAGAAAUUCCAUGUGCGGUCCAAGAAUCUUUGGACGCUGCUUUGAUGCCAACGAGGAUGAGUCCACCCCCCAAGCAAAAGCUCCAUAGGAAGUAGCAAUUGCAGCAUUUCAAACUAAGAAAAAUGUCAGACUGCUGAGGAGGCUAUGAUGCCCACUGAGUCAACAUUUUCCUUGGAUGUGAACUCAAAAUUGGAUUGGUGAAGAGUCUUCUUACGGUAUGACCGGAAACAGAGACCCUUGUCAGUGCUGUUUCCAUUCGAAGGAUUCCACGGGUUCUUGCUGAUAUGCCUCUAUAUGACAUAUUGAAUGAGUUUCAAAAGGGUGGCAGUCAUCUGGCAGCUGUGGUGAGGGCUAAAGGGAAAAAUAAAAUCUCCCCAUCAACUGUUAUUAAAGAAAAAGCUGAAGAGAACAAAGUUGCUACCAGGGACUCUCAAUUAACUACUCCUUUGCUAUCCAAGCAAGAUCAGAAGCCAGCAAGCGUUGUUGUUGACAUUGAGAAGGCUCCAAAGCCUCCCAUUGGAAAUAGGCAUACGACUUUUCACCAUAAUGAUGCAUCAACAAAUGGACUGCCUCAUAUGUCGGAAGAUAUUGAAGAUGGUGAGGUAAUUGGGAUCAUCACCUUGGAAGAUGUCUUUGAAGAACUUCUGCAGCAAAUUAUCAUAGUCCAAUGAAUCAUCACUUCCUCUCAUGUGCAGUAGUGGAUCAAGGAUCAAGCAGUAGGCAAUUUAGGUGCUCGCCUAUGGCCCCGAGUAUAUGAGGGUCCCCACUUAUUAUAAUUUUACUAUAUAGUGUAUAUAAAAGAAACCAAAUAAUUCUUGGAAACCAAAGGCCAAAGUUAUAAUAAUAGAUACAUUUAUUUAA